AUGUCUGAACACACCACCUUGCGUUUGGGCUCCACUGCCCCAGAUUUCGAAGCUGAUACUUCCAACGGACCAAUUUCUUUCCACGAGUUCAUUGGCGACAACUGGGUCGUUUUGUUCUCUCACCCAGACGAUUUCACCCCAGUCUGUACCACAGAAUUGGGUGCUUUCGCCAAAUUGGAGCCAGAAUUCACCAAGAGAGGCGUCAAGUUGAUCGGUUUGUCCGCCAACGGUACCGAGUCUCAUAAGGCUUGGAUCAAAGACAUUGAUGAGGUUACCGGUUCCAAGUUGUCGUUCCCCAUCAUUGCUGACCCAGAAAGAAAGGUUGCCUUGAAAUACGACAUGAUCGACUACCAGGACGCUUCCAACGUUGAUGACAAGGGUGUUCAAUUCACUAUCAGAUCCGUGUUCGUCAUUGACCCCAAGAAGAAGAUCAGAUUGAUCUUGGCUUACCCAGCUUCUACUGGUAGAAACACCGCUGAGGUUUUGAGAGUUGUUGACUCGUUGCAAACCGGUGACAAGUACAGAGUCACCACUCCUAUCAACUGGGUUCCAGGAGAUGAUGUUAUCGUGCACCCCACUGUUUCCAAUGAGGAAGCCAAGACUUUGUUCCCCAAGUUCAGAAUCAUCAAGCCAUACUUGCGUUUGACUCCUUUGGAGGUUGGAGAGCAAAAGUAA